AGGUGUCUUCAGGAAGACCGCUACACUGUCCCAGUGACCCACUUGGGAUGCUCUGGUGGCCGACAGACCAGCAGCAAGUCUUCAGUCAUCUACCGGCUCCUCACCACCACGGGUUUUACAACAGGCUCUUCGUCAAUGAGUAGUGUCCGACCCGAAAAGUACGCGCAACAUGCCCAUUAGUUUAUAGGCCCGAAAAAAAUCUUCGAACUAUAGACAAAAUGAAGUAUAGUACUUUCGUGUGUUUGUGUUUGCUGCAUUAUGUGUCGACUGUGGAAAUUGAGUUUGGUGGUAGCAACCGAAGAGAGUCACGAAAGCUCUUUGGAGGAUACAGGAUAACGCCCCGCUUUUGUAAACCUACACGAAAAUCGACAUCAUCUCUGGGAGGUCCGAGCAUUUGUAUGUUCAACCAUGAGUGUAGUCAAAGAAAUGGACAAGUUGUGGGCGCUUGCAUGGACGGAUUUCUCUUUGGAGCUUGCUGCCAGUUGCCAGCUGGUGCGAUGGGAGAGCUCAUAGACAGUGAUAUUAAUCCUGUGACUUCUGUCAGUAAUGAAGUUAUGGUCUCGACGCCUUCCCCUAUGGAGAUUAUGUCGAACGGGGUUUCGCAAAUAGCACAGUCGCUAUUAAGUCCGGGAAUUUUACCCACUGUGGAGGAUAACGCGGUGGUGCAAAUUAGUGACCAGCCGAUGUUUAGCACCACGGGAGUGACCCAUACUACCGCUCCAGAGACAUUUAUUUUACACGGAAUCAGCAAUAGCAUUAGUCCUAAUGAUUUUAGGGUCACCACGAAAGCUCCAAUGGAGGAAGACCGAAAAACCACCAUACGAUUAGAAGAUACAACAGUGCCAUAUUCUGAAGCUCCGACUAUUCACAUUUCAAUUUCUAACUCACCGACGCCGGGUUAUCAAAAACCGAUUUUCAGACCAAAACCACCGAAACCCACAGAUGGAGAUAAGUACGUUUUAGUACCCACAAUUUCACACAUGACCCCUAACAAAACUCAAGAAGUUGAUUCAAUAGUAAACAUACUACAAAUGUUGAACGAGAGUUCUACGAAUAAUCCGAGUUAUGGGUAUACUUCCAAGAAACCACCAUCAACGUCGUACGUUUUCAGUGCAACUCCCACAAGACGACCUGGGUAUAGUCCACCCACAACAACCAAAAAACCACCAUCUACGUCGUAUGUCUUUAGUACCACAGUCAAACCCCGAAGAACCACAACUCCAAUCACAACCACCACACGAAGAAAAACUAAACCAACUAAAACUUCAAAUAAAAAAACUACGCCAGUGCGAAACACCAUUCAGGGUAGUGGCCACAGUACUGUGGCAAACUCACCUCUAGCUUUCCUAUCAACGAAACCGCCAUCUACGUCAUACGUAUAUAGCGGCCUUCCAACCCGAAGACCUGGUUCCACGGUCAAUACACACGUAGCCGGUCCAGGGUUUUCCGUAACGUCAGCACCUGGUCAAUAUCCAACACCAGCCCCAACACUCAUCGUUCUUAGUCCAGUCACCGACGACGAACUCCUAACAAAACGCCCUCUAGAAGAACCACUGUAUGGAUCCCCAGAAGCGGUGUACACAUCACCCCGGCCACCAUACCCAAGACCCAGCAUUAACUCCAACCUCAAACCCAUCAAUAGUGUGACCAUUAAUAACCACGUGACUCAAAACAUAUACAGCACCAGUGAGCGUCCACAACCCACUGUUUUAAUAACGCCGAAACCAAGUAUCUCUAGUUCUUUGUCACCAUAUGAUUACUUCAACACUGCCGCCGUUGAAGCUGAAACUAGUCCAGAUCAACUAAUAAAUUUCCCGCCUGUGCGCAACCCCAACUUAAAUAUGUCUAAUCCAGGCUUUGAAGAAGACGAUAUCACCACACCAGCAUUCAUCGAAGACGAUGUGCUAAACACCAAGGUGGAAUCAUUUGUCAAUAAAAUUAUCCAAGGGUUGCAAGAACCCUUCGCAGGUUUGAAGGAUGUUGUGUACAAUAAAAGCACAACGACGGUGGGCACAACGACCAAGAAGCCUAUUAAGAAGCAAGGAACUACUACUAAGAAGCCUUCGGCGAAACCCACGUCGAGGCCGAGUUCUGCACGACCUGUGACUUCCAGACCAGCAACCACCAAACCUACGGUGAGAAGAUCGACCACUGUGAGGAGACCGGGGUCGAGUACGUCGUCACGGAGACCUUCUACUACCACGAAGAAGCCCAAAACUACGAAGAAGCCUCAGACUACUACGGAAUCUUACAUUGAGGAAGAAAAUACUCUUCCGGAUAGCGAACAAUAUAGAGAUCAAUGUGGCAUAAGACCUUUGUACAAAACCGGAAGAAUAGUCGGUGGUAAAGGGGCAACUUUCGGCGAGUUUCCUUGGCAAGUCCUCGUUCGUGAGUCGACAUGGCUGGGCCUUUUCACAAAGAAUAAGUGCGGCGGCGUGUUAAUUAGCAAUAAGUACGUAAUGACGGCCGCCCAUUGCCAGCCCGGAUUUUUGGCCUCUCUGGUGGCCGUUUUCGGAGAGUUUGACAUUUCCGGGGAUUUCGAGACGAGGAGGCCCCUCACCAGGAACGUCAAACGAGUGAUCGUCCACAGGAAGUACGAUCCGGCCACGUUCGAGAACGACUUGGCCCUGCUAGAACUGGAAUCUCCGGUCAAAUUCGACGCACACAUAAUCCCGAUCUGUCUACCUAGAGACAACGAAGAUUUCACAGGGCGAAUGGCAACCGUAACAGGAUGGGGUCGCUUGAAAUAUGGAGGAGGCGUCCCUUCAGUUCUCCAAGAAGUGCAGGUUCCUAUCAUGGAAAAUCACGUUUGCCAGGAAAUGUUCCGCACGGCAGGACAUUCAAAAGUUAUCCUGGAUUCGUUUUUGUGCGCCGGUUAUGCUAACGGCCAAAAGGAUUCUUGCGAAGGAGAUUCAGGGGGGCCGUUGGUGCUGCAGCGGCCUGACGGAAGGUACCAAUUAACUGGUACUGUGUCUCAUGGUAUAAAGUGCGCAGCACCCUAUUUACCGGGAGUUUAUAUGAGAACGACGUUUUUCAAACCCUGGAUCGUCGCUAUUACAGGAAUCGAUACUAGUUAUUAAUUCGUUGAGAAGUGCCCAUGUGAUGAACUUUACCGUUAUAGAUAAUAUUGUC